UUUUGCUGCUACAGGGAUACCAAGAUGGAAAUCCAGGGGCUUUCUGAUGCCCCAAACAUCCACUCUCAACAUGGCGCCCUGCACAGCACCGCUUCAUCUCCGCUUCUGUCGGCGGCAGCGUCGUUACAACGCGUUAUUUCCACCGAAAUUGAAGCGGAUGGCCGGUUGGAUUCGCCAAGGCCACACAGUGAUUACAACAACAACAACAACAACACCAGCAGCAGCAGCAGCAGGCCGAGGACAUCAGCGGAAAAUGGCAGCGAGGCGGGUUGUCCGUCUGUCCCGCCGCGACCAGCUCUUAAGAGCCCAGUGUGUCGUAACGUUAACAGGCAGAGAGUCGGACUUCAUAACGUAAACAUAGAGGAUGAAAUGUGCGUGAGGACCGCCUGGAUAUACGAGGUAGAAAGCGGCGAUGGUGUAAUGCAAAUGGCGCUGCCCCUAUUCGAAGGGGAAGAGGAGCCGUUGUUGCCGCAGCAACAGUUUACGUUAUCGUUUCCAGGUUUACGGCAGCAGCGUGAGGACGGCGCCUUCAAGCAGCAGCAGCAGCACAGCGGUCCUGCGCCGGGGAGCUCCGACACGGAGAACCGGGCCAACAAAGCCCACGAACAUGUCGUUUUUAACGAGGACGGCGACGCGGAGGCGAGCGAACACCGAGCGGGUGUCUCUGUCGGCGGUAAAAUGAAAGGUAAAACGCAGGAAUGCUGUAAAACAAGCCUCGGCGGCUCCAUGGAGAUAGGAAACAGCAGUGACGUCAUUCUCUACGAAUCUAACGACAACUUGAACUGUCUCGACGCGCAGGUUUUCAAGAAGGCUGAGCAUGUUUUUAAUUUUCUGAACGACAACUCCAACGCCAAGCAGGCUGUUUGUCAGCACGUCGUCGAGGAUGUUGUUUUGACAAACAAAUAUGGCGAUAAGAUUUGUGGUCAGAUCUGCACCGAAAACAAUGAGAGCAAACUGGUGAGGGAGGUUUCGUCGCACUCCAGCAGCAGUGCCUUGAUUUCAACGAACCCGAUCGUCGUUGAAACAAUGGACACCUCGGGAUUUAUUUCGGAUUCAGCCGGAAUGCAGGAGGCUGCAGCCCCGGGCACGGCCUCCACUGGUCCGCCUGCAAGUGAAACCUUUUCCGGGACUAUCACAAUAAACAACCAAAGCAUCAUAGUGACUAUUGAAAACGGGAUCCUGACUCUGGCCGCCCCUCCUGAGGGACACGUACACAAAGAGGACGACAUGGUCAGUCUAAAGGAGCACCUGGGUAUGAAAGAGCAUGAGGAUAUUGUGCUUCUGAACUAUGACAGUGGCACUAAGUCUAUCGGGAAGAUCAGCACCCUGGCAGUAUCCAGCUCCAGCCACCAGGACGAGCCCAGGCCUGGUUUGUCUGUGAGUGACUCUGAGCUGGCUCUGGUGGAUGAAUGCACUUUAUCAGAGCUUGGCACCUCUCUGGACUCCUCCUGUCCUAUUAUUAAGCAGGAGGCAGGGGAGCUGUGUGCUGUCACAGAGGCCGACCUGGUCACCCCACACCCCAAAGAGCCAGACUGCGAGAAUGGUGACUUCCAGUCUGUGCAGGUCAUCAGAUCCAAGAAAGAGUCCGCGUCCUCUUUUGGCUGCCCAGAACCGGGCUGCAACUCUACGUUCGACACACGUCAAAAACUAAAAGUUCACCUGCUGAACCACGCAGAGGACCCACGCCCCUACCAGUGCACCGUGGAAGGGUGCGGCUGGGCGUUUGGCACCUCUUAUAAACUAAAGCGGCAUCUUCAGUCUCAUGACAAGCAGCGGCCGCACACCUGCCAGUUUGAGGGCUGCGGGAGGCGGUUCACCACAGUCUACAACCUCAAGGCUCACAUCAAAGUCCACGAGCAAGAUAAUGCGUUUGUGUGCGAGCUCUGCAGCGAGAGGUUUCGCAGUGCUUCGCGACUCACCAAUCACCAGAGGGUCCACUUUGAGCCACAGAGGCCCCACAAGUGUGAAUUCCCAGGCUGUGAGAAAACCUUCAUCACCUUCAGUGCCCUGUUCUCCCACAACCGCACUCACUUCAGAGAAACGGGCCACUUCACCUGCACCUUCCCCGGCUGCGACAAGACGUACGACAAGGCCUGUCGUCUCAAGAUCCACAUGAGAAGUCACACUGGUGAGAGGCCGUUUGUUUGUGACUCAGAGGGCUGUGGCUGGUCCUUCACCAGCAUGUCCAAGUUGCUCCGACAUAAACGGAAACAUGAUGAUGACCGCCGCUUUGUCUGCACAGAAGAGGGAUGUGGAAAGUCCUUCACCCGGGCUGAGCACCUCAAGGGUCACAGCAUCACCCACCUGGGCACCAAGCCCUUCCAGUGCCAUGCAGAAGGCUGUACUGCCAGGUUUUCAGCACGCAGCAGUCUAUAUAUCCACUCCAAGAAGCAUAAGCAGGACGCCAGCACCCUGAGGACCCGCUGUCCUGUGGCCAACUGCUCCAAGCACUUCUCGUCCCGCAGCAGCCUUAAGAGCCACAUGCUCAAACACCACCACCUCAGUCCGGAUGUUCUUAGCCAGAUGGAGACCACACCCACGCUGACCCCAAGCAGCGAGCUCAUAAGCCCCACCCCAACAACAGUUGCGGGGCCUGGUAUUGGAGGGGGUGACCAGCUGCCCAACUUGGACCUCAGCUCUCUCUUCUCUGCUGUGCCUGGAGGCGUUGCACCUUCUGCUGGCAUUGGAGUUGGAAUUCCCGUCAGCGGGAGCAGCUCUAACGGCACCUUCACCAUGGACCUCUCUCUGGUCAGCUCAGGCAUCCUCACAAUCGACCCCACCUCGGUGGGCCCCACACUCUGCACCAGUGCCAGCACUAUGCUGGCCAAAGCUGUGGACCCUCUGAUCCUGGCAGCCAGUGCUGACAUGGGCCCCCACCAUGGCCUAGAAGGAACAGUGGGUGAUGUCCUGCCCCCACAGGGCACCCUUAAUCUGGAUGAUGUGCAGACUGUUACCCCAGAGGCCUUGAGCACCCUCACAGCUCUCGCCAUGCAGGGUGCUGGUGUCUCUGUGGACCCACCUCUGCAGCAUCCACUCAGCUCCUCCAGUGCCCUGAGUGUGGAACCCACAACCUCCCUGGCCGUAACCCCUGUCGCCGAGCUGCUGGGCUCACCCUCAAAGGUGGUGGAUGUGGGCGGCCCGGGGGGAGCGGGGCCUCUGUUGGGCUGUGUGGAGGUGCUGGGCCCUCAAGAGGGAGGAAAAGUCCUCACCCAGUUUGUUUUCCCCAGGACCAGCAGCAGCUUCAGCCCACAAAAAGAGCAGGAACUCAACGCAGUGUCACCAAGCAGCUUCCUGGAGAGUGGAGGCUCGGCCAGGACUGACUAUAGAGCCAUCCAGCUGGCCAAGAAGAAGAAGCAAAGAGGUCCUUCAGCCUCCUCAGGGAGCCCAGGGUCGAGUCAAAGAAAAACUAAAGGGGUGAAGGCAGGCCCCUUGGGUGCUCGUUGUGCUGAAGGAGCUGCAGCAGCCAAUGGAGGGCUGACUCUUCGUGACCCUGUGACGGGUGCCCAGUAUGUUCAGAUCCAGCUGCUGCAGGAUGACCCGGCCAGUGAUGGUGACCUGGCCUUCCAGCUGAGCUCUCAGCCCUCCAGCUCCCACUCGCAGCUCACUGCCGACCUGCCUGUUAACAUUUUACAAGAACCGUCCGUGAUGACAGAGGACGACAACGGCUCAGACAAUUCUCAGUUCACAGGAAGCACAAUCAACCUUCAGGACCUGGAGUGAGCUGCAGGUGGAGGUCUACUGCCAUGACAGACCUCAGACUUCCCACAGUUUACAUCAACAAUGUAGACAUAUUUGACUUGAUUCAACGGUUGUCGAAUCUUUCCCAGGACUUUGGAGCCUUUUUAGACUUGGUAAAUUAAGUGUGGGGAAGGGAGGGGGGGGGGGGGGGGGGGGGGUGGAUGUAAGUCCACAGAUAUUGCACCUUGAGAAGAGGAGAUACUGAUUAUUUGUCCAGAGGAUUAUUUUUUGUUUCUUUUUAGUCCAGUUUGUACCAAAUCAAACCUGAAAGCAUUCUCAUGUCGAAGUCCCAGAGGCUUUUUGUUGCUCUGCGGGCUUUGACAGUAUUGUGUCUAUUUCAUGGUGCCACAUUGACACACAUGUACACACAGUGUGCUGUCUAUGCUCCAGUUGCCUUACAGACACAUCACGCUGUGCAUUCCUCCACCGGCAAGUUACCUGCUUUUGUUUCUCUUUUUGGUUUAUUUGUUUUUCUUUUGGUUUCUAAUCUUCUGUUAGAUUUAUUUUUCUAUGGCAGCAGUGAGUCCGCGUUAAAAACAUGUCUGUUCAUGAGUUUAUAAAUGGUAUAUAAUGAGUUACUACCUUCCUGUAAUAAUUGUAUCUUUCUGUUAUUUAUUGUUUAGCUGUGGGUUUACAGAAUGGCAGAGCCAAACACAGAUGAAUUAAAGAAUCAAAGCACAAUCAGAA